ACCAAAGUUGCCAUCAUUGGUAGUGGAAGUAAGCCCCCACCCCACCCCCACCCCCUCACACACAAAAACACCAACCAAAAUUGUGAUUUUUUUUUACAGACAGUGAUGUCCAAAUCAGCUUACGCACACUUUGAUCAAUUCACGAAAUAUGUGUCACCUUCUGGUGUUAUAAGUGUCUAAUUCACGAAAUAUGUGUCACCUCCCGCCUACGUAACACCUCCCACCAAAAACAAAAUUAUGAAUAUUUUUUCUUAUAAUCGUGAUAUUCAGAUUAAUUUUCGCACACAUUAAUUAAAUCUAUGAGAUAUGUGUCACCUUGUAUACAUAUAAAAUUAUGAAUAUUUUGUUUUGAUCACAUGUUGUCCUUACCAACGGGACUAAUGACGAGAUACCUGUCACCUCGUACCAGAAACACAGCUAGUGAAUAUUUUUACGGUAAACUGAUGAAAAGGGGUUGUUUAUUUUCAGUUUCAGGAGCUGUUUGUGCAUCCACUUUGGCCAAGAAUGGAAUUUCAGUUACCCUUUUUGAAUCUGCUAGAGGUCCAGGUGGACGUAUGUCUCAAAGAAGGGAAAUGACAGAAGAUGGGAGGGAGCUGCAUUUUGAUCAUGGGGCUCCUUAUUUCUCAGUUAGUAAUAAUCCUGGUGUGUUGAGACUUAUUUGUGAGUGGCAAUCAAAGGGACUUGUUGAUGAGUGGAAUGAAAAGUUUGCUACUUUUGAUUUUGCUUCAAAACAGUUUCUUGAUAUUGAACAGGAAGGUUUGGACAAGAAAUAUGUUGGUGUUCCAGGAAUGAAUUCGAUUUGUAAAUCGUUAUGCCAGGAGCCUGGAGUUGAAAGUAGGUUUGGGGUAGGCGUUGGGAAGUUGGAGUGGUCGGAUAAUGAAGAUUCAUGGUCGUUGAUGGGUUUAAAUGGCGAAAGUCUUGGUUCGUUUAAGGGAGUGGUUACAUCAGACAAAAGUACAUUUUCACAAAGGUUCACUAAUGUUACAGGAAAACCUGUACCUAUUGACAUGGGAAAAUUUCCAGAAAUACCGUUGAAGAUGACAGAAAUUCCUGUUAAUCCUUGCUUUGCUCUCAUGUUGGCGUUCGAAGAGCCUUUGACAGAGAUACCGAUAAGAGCAUUCUCAUUCAAGAAGUCGAAAGUUCUACAUCGGGCAUUCUGUGACAGCAGCAAACCAGGGCGUUCGCGCAAUAGUGAAUGCUGGGUGUUACACUCUACGGCGGAGUAUGCUCAGGAUGUUAUUGCCCAGACAGGGCUUCAAAAGCCUUCGAGCGCAACAUUAGCAAAAGUAGCUGAAGAACUAUUUCAAGAAUUUCAAAGCACAAAGCUCGGUAUACCUCCGGCUUUUUUCAAGAAGGCUCAUCGAUGGGGCAGUGCAUUCCCAGCGAUAAGCAUAGCAGAAGAUGAGAAAUGCCUCUGGGACGCGAAGAAAAGGCUGGCUGUAUGUGGAGACUUCUGUGUUAGUCCAGAUGUUGAAGGGGCUAUCAUUAGUGGCUUGGCUGCUGCUGCAAAAUGUUCCGAGGGUCUCUGUCACUUAUAAUAGAAUUACAUGUUUGCAGCUCGAUUUGGAUUUUGAAUUCGUCAUUUGACAGUAUCCGACACUGAUGUAGCGAUAUUCUGCUGUUGUUUUAGGCCUUCAAGACUUUAAAACGCGUCACUAAGAUCUAAGGUUUGUUUUCCUACAUACCUUUAUGAUCUCGACCGCGUGUUGUGUCAUUGUAUGAUUUGCCUAGGGGUGUCAUUGUUUUAGAGAAUUGAUUGGCACAUGCA